AUGUGGACCAAGUUCACCUUGCCUACCAUCACAAAGAGUAUGGGUUUCAACAACACUAACGCCCAGCUAAUGACGGUUCCACCAUAUGUGGCUGGUGCUUUGAGCUCCAUCUUCUUUGCGAAGCUCUCGGACAGGUUUUACUGGCGUUUGCCGUUCGUUGCCAUCCCGCUCUCUUUCAUCUUCAUCGGGUACGCCGUAGUCAUCUCUUUCGAUGGCGAUCUGGGUGGCAACAUCGGCCCGGCAUUCUUUGCCAUCAUCUUGACAUGCAUGGGCAUCUACCCCAUUCAGCCGGCCGGAAGCAGUUGGGCAGCCAACAACCUUGCUCCAUCGUCCCGUCGUGCUAUCGGCGUUGCUUUCAACAUCUGCGUCGGUAACAUCGGUGGCGUCAUCGGCAGUUACAUGUACCUGGAGAGCGAGAAGCCCAAGUACUACACUGGCUUCGGACUGUCGCUCGCGUUUGGUGCGACCGGUUUUAUCGUCGCUUUCCUUCUGGAGCUGUCGUACAAGUGGGGCAACGCGAAGAAAGCGAGGCUUAGUGAAGACGAGAUUCGGGCGAAGUACACGGACGAGGAGCUCUUGAACAUGGGGGACAAGUCGCCGUUAUUCCGGUACACUCUGUAA